UUCAGGGUGAACAAUAAUAAUAAUGAAUGUUUGUGCUUCUCGUGAACGGAGAAAAUCGAUAAUUUACAAUUGAGCUUCAGGGGUCAGAGGUUAUGUAAAACAUUACGGUUUAUAUCAGCAAUCAGCAAAUAUUGUUCAACUUUUAAAUUAAAACUUUAUUAUUCCACAGUGGUGAUUGUGUUUCGGUACGAUGAAGUCGUCCUUGGUUUUUGUUUCCACCCUUUUGUUUCUCAAUUCGGUUUAUGCCGAUUGCAGCACUUCAGCACCACCAACAUGGCCCCAAUCUUACACAGUUAAAGGUUUUUUGAUGAUACCCUAUGCAGAGAUCAGGGAACCUUUUUAUGCUUGGUAUGAUGGGCCAUCUAAGCAAUCUAGGAUCGACUACUAUGGUGAUAUGGUCAAGACUUACCAGCUGUCUCAACUAACCCCAUACGGCUCUAGUAUUAAAAUAGCUCCAGUAACCAACGAAGAAGAAACUAAUGUUAGGACUUGCCUGCAAGUCAAUGGAACUGCCGAAAACAAGAUUGAUCCUCAAGCCAUUUUGCCCUCUUUGGAAGGAUUCACUUGUGAAGGGCAAGACAUCAUUGAUGGGCUUCAAGUGGAAAAGUGGUUGCAAGAAACAACUAUAGGAGACAAAGUGAAUAAAUAUGUUAUGUGGAUUUCCUAUAGGUCAGAUCCGGAUGGUGGGUCACCUGUUGCUGUUCCAAGAAAGUAUGAGAUGAAAGGCUUCAAUUCCCUUCUCGGUAGUCACUAUGAUCACUAUUAUUUGACCUACAGCGAUUUCAACGACGAAGCAGUGCCUCCGAAAAUUUUUGAGAUUGAUUCGAAUUUAACAUGCAGCUCUUUCCCUGGACCAGGAGACAAACACAUAUAUACAUUCAAUCCCAUGAAAGAGUUCAUAUAUCCCGAAACCGAUUCUCAUGUGGAGUUCGAGUUUGGAAAAUUCAAGACUAAGCAUGGAAAAAGUUACGAAAAUCAAAAGGAACAUGAUCUACGCAAGAAUAUUUUCCGGCAAAAUGUUCGGUACAUUCAUUCUAUGAACAGGCAGUCCAGAGGUUUCUCACUCGGAAUCAAUCAUCUCUCCGACAAGACUGACUUGGAGCUCAAAGCACUUCGAGGAAAGCAAUACACUUCUGGCUAUAACGGUGGAAAACCUUUUCCUUACAAGAAUUUAGGAUCGGUUAAGCUGCCAGAAUCAUUCGACUGGAGAAUAUAUGGAGCAGUUACACCAGUCAAAGAUCAAUCCGUCUGCGGUUCCUGCUGGUCGUUUGGUACUGUGGGUGCUAUUGAAGGUGCAUUCUUCUUGAAGAACGGGGGAAAGUUGGUUAGACUUUCACAACAAGCUUUAGUAGAUUGCUCAUGGGGGUAUGGAAAUAAUGGUUGUGAUGGUGGUGAAGAUUUUCGCGCUUAUCAAUGGAUGAUGAAACAUGGUGGUAUUCCCACAGAAAACGAUUAUGGUCCAUACCUUGGCCAGGACGGUUAUUGCCAUGCAGACAAAGUACCCAAAGUGGCCCCUAUAACUGGUUACGUUAACGUCACAUCAGGAGAUGAAAAUGCCUUAAAACUGGCGAUUUUCAAGCACGGCCCUAUAAGUGUGGCUAUCGAUGCAGGACACAAAACUUUCAGUUUCUAUUCUAAUGGAAUAUACUACGAACCCAGCUGUGGAAACAAGGUAGAUCAACUGGACCACGCUGUCCUGGCUGUUGGGUAUGGCUCCAUAGCGGGAAAGGAUUAUUGGUUGAUCAAAAACAGUUGGUCCAACUACUGGGGAAAUGAUGGAUACGUUUUGAUGUCUGCCAAGGAUAAUAAUUGCGGUGUUAUGACCACUCCAACUUAUGUGACAAUGUAGAAACCAUAAUAAACUAUGCUAAUGAUCAAUUUUGUAACAUAUUAUGUAAAAUACAUUUUUUCUUCAUUUUUACGAAUAGAAAAUAAAUAAUAAACAUUA